GGGCCGAGACUUAAAGGGAGCAGACUAGAAUCCAGCAGGGCACUUUCACUUUGAGCGGAGUGAGGAUACACAGAGUGGCCAGAGGGAGAGAUAGAGAAGAGGAGGCCAGUGUCUCGCCCGCUUUAUCCAUUAACCAAUUUUCGAGGGAGAGAGGAGUGGUUCAAAUUAGGCUGUUCAGGAAGAUUCUAGGUCAGUAGUGAGAGGGAGAAAGGGAAGGAGAUAUAGUACAAAACAACAAAAGCUUUCAUAGGAAAAGGCUGCAGCCACUCAGGCUUAAGUGGGAAAAUCCAAAGUGAGGGAGCAGGAUGGCGUGAGAGGAUAAAUGAGGCAUUUAUUGGAAAGUACCAAAGGGACUCAAAAGGAAGGAAUGUAUAAGGGAUGUCAACAAGAAGACUAAAUAUCAGACGGUGAAGGAGAAGACACAGCAGCGCACUCUGUGUCAAAGACCUCAAGGAAAACCACAGAGGAGGAAACUUAGCUUUCACAGACUGACACAGAGACCCGUCUGCAGAGUGAUUGCCGUCAACAAGAGAAAUGGAGAAGUGUCCAUUCUUAGAAAGAUAGGAAGGAUGUCACUGCCAGUUUUGCUGUUGCUAUCACUCUUGACUGUCCGAUGUGGUGGAUGUAACUUUGACUGGGACGUUGUGAAAAACAUUAAAACGACUAUCGACGCUAAUCCGACUGGAUUUCGGACAGUAUUUCCUAAAGAUUACUAUGUAGUGCACCGCUACACGAAAAGCAUGCUCUGUGACAGUGAUCCGUGUUGUGUGUUCCCUGCUGCAGUAGUCCUCCUGGAGUCCUGGCAUGUGCUUCUCGGAAACCUCUGGGAUGAGCACCUAAAUCACUCCUUAAUCCUCGAUCUGAAGCAGACACUGGAUAAAAUUAUAAAGAGGAACAAAAAUACAGAGAGGUUCCAGGAAGAGACGGACCUGUCCCAGUUCUCCGCGUUAUCUUCCUCUCCUGAAGAGCUCCUCAAGCUAACGUCACAACUUCUCACUCGAUGGCUCGAGGUCGGGUGCUUGCCUGAGAUCGAAACCUGCACCCUGCCCACUUUGCCCCCCUCUGUUGAGAGGAAGGACUACGGUCCAUCGAGGGCCAGACUCUUGACCACCCGAGCUAUCAGCAGCGAGGAGGAAGGACAGCUUGACAAGAUAGUAGACAUUACAGGGCCUCCAUCCAGUGGCGGUCCUCCAUCCCUAUCAUAUUCCGCUUCUGUCUGGAGCCCCUUGCUAUUCAGACUCUACUGGUGGCUGUUGCCAUAGUUACUAAAAAAGGAUCUUUUUUUUUUUUUUGGAUGAUGAUGCACACAAAAUGCAAGACGUUUCCUGGCACUGAAUGUUUGUUUUCUUAUAUAUAUGUGUGUGUCUUUAUCGUGUUUUAAUGCAGCAAGCUAUGAAGUGACAUGCACAGGUUGCAAUUAAUGUCCAAAGUUAGUUCACGUAGUCCGCUGUGCACCCGUGCUCUGUAACAUCACCGAUAUAAACGUAUAGCUAUCCUCUCUAGAGCGAGCCGCGAGCUCCAGCUAGCUGUGCUCUUCAUGCUAACCAGAGAUAAAUGCUGAGCAAGCCAAUGCACAUAAGCCAUCGUCUGUUGAUGUGGAAUUCAUCACUGUUUACAAUGAAUGUUAUGUAAAUGUAAGAUAUUACCGUCUAUGGGUGUUUACUUUUGUACAUUAUUGUAAAUUAAAGACAUGUAGAUAUAUAUAUAAAUAUAUACAUUGUUAGUUUUUGAUAUAAUAUCCCAAGGGUUGUAAGCUAUAUUUAUUAUGGUCUUUGCUGUUUGUCAUGAGUGAUGGGAAGUAACCAAGUGCGUUUAAAGGUCCAGUGUGUGGGAUUAAAGGGGAGUCCUAGGAGCGGACCCUCUCCUAUGGAGUCGGCCAUGUUGUUUCUACAUUAGCCCUGAAUGGACAAAUCAAACACUGGCUCUAGCUAGGGCUAUUUGUGUUUUCACAUCAGCCACCAUAGUUCCCUUACAAGUUUGUUUCAGUUCUAAAACUUCACCACUAGAUGCCACUAAAUCCUACACACUGGACCUUUAAUGAACAAUUUUGAGGUAUUUAAACAUACUUAACUUGAGUACAUCCAUUGUCUGCUAUUUUAUACUUUUACUCAGCUAUAUUUUAGAGGGAAAUAUUUUUCUUUUUACUCACGACAUUUAUCUGACAGCUGGAGUAACUGCUUUAAUUUACAAAUAUGAUGUGCUGUUAUAAAUUAACCUACGCAACAGUCGUGCAUCGACAGUACUAACCUCACAAAUUUAUGAUAGUGUAACAGUCACUUUGAGCGUUUUUCUACAUUAUGUACUUUUACUUUUGAUCCUUUAAUAUAUUUUACAAACAACGCUCACAUACUUUUAGAGGAGAGAGGAGGUGCGGACUCGAGUCACAAAUUUGAUGACUUUGGACUUUACAAAAUCAAAAUUGACUUUGACACCAAUGACUAAUGACUUCACUUGGACUUGAGCGUUUUGACUUGAUACCUCCCCCCAUGGCAAAAUUAAGGACAUAUUUCUCACAUAAGAUGAGAUAAAAAAAAAAAAAACAA